UGAACAACCAUUCACUUAAAUCAAAAUUUUAUUUCAUGAUUGUAUAGCUUCAUUUUGGGAUGUGAGGAGGAAUUGAGGUGGUAUUUGAAUAAGGACAAGGAAGAGGCAUGGCGGAUAUCAGAUGGCAAGGAAUUCCAAAAGGCAGUGGAUCGGGCAAUGAAGGAAUGUUCAAAUGUUUUAGUUCUAUGGGAAGGAACAUAACGGUCGGAAACACGGGAUCUUGUUUUCUGGGAGUGGACUACGGGUUUGAACUGCAGGAGACUGUAGAGGUAGGAAGGAUGAUAGAUCUCUAUUUACGCAAAUAUAAUAAACGAAACUAAGAUAAAUAAUCCUAGGAGCGUCAAAGGGUCUCUUUAGUUUUUGCUGAGAGAUCUUACACCUAUAGCAAACUUUAGACUUCCAUUGUACAGCUAUAUAAACCUGUAU